AUGGAGGUUGUUAUUCACCAUGGGGGUAAGUUCAUCAAAGAGGGGUGCCCGAAGUAUGAAGGACACAUUGAUACCAUGCUUUUUGAUCCUGACGUGUGGUCAUAUUUUGUUGUAGUGAGUGUAGUAAAAAGUUUAGGGUAUGAUGGUUUUAAGGAAUUGUGGUUUUCUGUUGGAUGUGGUCCUGUUUUGGAUGAUAGGCUAGAACCAUUGUGUGAUGACGUAGGUGCCAUGCGCAUGGUCAAUUUAGCUACCUUAAAUGGACAAGUUCAUUUAUAUGUUGUGCACAAUGUGUCUGAAGCUGAAGUGAUUCAAAUGAUUGAAUACAACGUUGAUGAAGGAGGUGACGAAGAUGUUCCUCAGGUUAAUGAGUUUGGUGAGGGUGCAAAAGUUGCACCUGAGGUAAAUGAGUGUGAGAUGAUAGAAGCUGAGGUUGAGGGAGGUGAUGCUGAGAGGACAAAAGACUUAGACGUGCAGGGAAAGGAACCUGAGGUUGAGGAACGUAAUGGUGAAGAAGUUGUGGUUGAGGAAGCUUUGGAUGAGGAGGUAGUGGUUGAGGAGGUUGUGGUUGAGGAGGUUAUGGUUCAGGAGGUUGUGGUUGAGGAAGCAUCUGAAGUGCAUGUUGAGGAAGUUGUGGUUGAGGAAGUGCACGAAGAGGGUGAUAGGUUAAAUGGGGAGGCUUACAGAAUAGAAGUAGAAGACUUAGAUGUAGAAGACUUGGACGAUAUAGAAGUAGAAGUCCGUGAUGGUGAUGAUGGUGAGAUGAAUAAUGAUGAUGGGCUAGUAAACAUAAAUGUGCAGUGUGAUUUACCUGAUAAUGAGACUGACAUGGAGGUUGAGGUAGAACCUUUUUUACCUGAAUCUGAGUCAGAUAGUGAAGAAGAUGAGAUUGAUGAUUCGAGUUGGUUUAAUGAUGAAUGGGAAUUUGAGGACUUGACUUCUCCUCUAAUAAGUGAUGAAGAAAGUGAAGAUGAAGAGGGGUAUGGUGAUUUUUCUACCUUUAGUAUGCCAAAAGAAAUGGUUGAUUUCAAGUGA